CUUAAGUAGAGUUAACAAGAUACCCAAGAUUGCUGGGAAAAGAAUCACCAAGUUGGUCCCUCUUUUUUCAAAUAUAGGGUAAUUGGGCACUAUUACUCCUGCCCAUGGGUGACCUUGGCACCUUGUGGCUGGGCAAAGGCCAUUCCCCAAACCCCCUCCUUGUAUAGUCAGGUGUCUGGGAAAGUAUCAGGGGCAUUGAGUCUCACCUCUUUUCCAUUUUGAGGUUUAGUAGAAUUAGAACUCUCAUGGAUGGAAGUCAGCUGGUAGGAAAGGAUAUCAGAGACCCUGAAGAGGGAACUCGCAUUUAGGGAAGUCUGGAAUGGUGACCUGGCAGGCAUAUCAGAAGCAGAUUUUGUCCUGACAUAUUAUGUUGCUGAUACUGGAACCUGCCUGACCCCCAACCACCAUGGAAUAGCCAGAUGAUUUGGGACUUGGAAAAAUGGCUGCAGAUAGGGCUGUAGGUUUCAAAACUGUUCCUUUGGGGAAGCCGAGAGCAAUGUACCAGGUACUGAGGUCUCUGCAGCCAUCUGAACUACUCAGACCACUGGACAAAAAUCUUUUGGAUUGUGUGGGGGACCAGUUUCCAGCACUGCCAAAACCAGAUAUGCGCGCUAAAAGAUUAUCCAAUUUUAGGUGUUUGGAAGACAGACAGUCACUGAAGCAACACUGACUUGAACAAUUGUGAAGUAGCAUCUGAGGCCCCUAGAAAAAGAUUGGACUUCCUGCUCAUUUGAGGAAGAACACAGCCACGGAUCCUGCCGGUAGUCUAGUGAUAGAGUCUGACCUCUUCCAACUCAAGACUUAGGGAUUUUUAACUGCUUUGUCCUGACUCCUGUUAAAUCUGCUCAGAAGAUGGCUGAUCCUUGGCAGGAAUGCAUGGACUAUGCAGUAACCCUAGCAAGACAGGCUGGAGAGGUGGUUCGUGAAGCUAUAAAAAAUGAAAUGAAUGUCAUGGUCAAAAGUUCUCCAGCUGAUUUGGUAACAGCUACUGACCAAAAAAUUGAAAAAAUGCUUCUCUCUUCCAUAAAGGAAAAGUAUCCAUCUCACAGUUUCAUUGGUGAGGAAUCUGUGGCAGCUGGGGAAAAAAGUGUCUUAACCGACAGCCCUACAUGGAUCAUUGACCCUAUUGAUGGAACAACUAAUUUUGUCCAUAGGUUUCCUUUUGUAGCUGUUUCAAUUGGCUUUACUGUAAAUAAAAAGAUGGAAUUUGGAGUUGUAUACAGUUGCCUGGAGGAUAAGAUGUAUACCGGCAGGAAAGGAAAGGGAGCCUUUUGUAAUGGUCAAAAACUACAGGUUUCACAACAAGAAGAUAUUACCAAAUCACUCUUGGUGACAGAGUUUGGCUCUUCUAGAACACCAGAGACUGUAAGAAUUAUUCUUUCUAAUCUGGAAAGGCUUUUGUGUGUUCCCAUUCAUGGGAUCCGAGGUGUUGGAACAGCAGCUAUUAAUAUGUGCCUUGUGGCAACUGGCGUUGCAGAUGCAUAUUAUGAAAUGGGAAUUCACUGCUGGGAUAUGGCAGGAGCUGGCAUCAUUGUUACUGAAGCUGGUGGAGUGCUAAUGGACGUGACAGGUGAGCCAUUUGACUUGAUGUCACGAAGAAUAAUUGCUGCAAAUAGUAAAACAUUAGCAGAAAGAAUAGCCAAAGAAAUUCAAGUAGUACCGUUUCAAAGAGAUGAUGAAGAUUAACUGCAACAGCCUCGCGUAUUCAGUCACGGUUCCAUCGCCCCUGUAUUUGCUGACACACUGAUGAUGUUAUAAAAUUUAGGACGUUUAUUUCAGAUGUAUAAUAUGAUUGGCUUAAGUUGUCUUUGAUAUCCAGAUUAAAAAAUUUCAGUUUGUUGUAUAUUUUACUAAGACUAGGUAUGCGAGAAUACAUGAAAUGUUGCAUUGUUUUAACAAACUUUGCUUGUGAGAGUGCACUUUGGGAAAGAUAUACAGGUAGUUGAUAAGACAAAGUAUCAUUGACUGAAAUAGCAGUUUAGAGUUUCUAAGUAUAUAUGAGCCUCUGAAAUUCUGACUGUGUACAUAAGCAUUCUUAACUACAAAGUUAACUUUUUGGAAAAAAUUUUCUUUAGUUCCCAAAGCCAUAUUUAAUUAAAUUUGUAAGAAUUAAUGGGUCCUUCCUAGACCAAGGUUUUUUUUCUUUGCAGAGAACCUUGUUUUAUUCAUCAGUGUACACGUAGCACCUAGCAGAGUAUUUGUUAAACAUGGGCAGUCUAAAAAUAAGCAUUCAAAAGAUAUUUUGAAGGUAGCAAUUCCUAGUUAUACAUAAAGCAAUGAGCUCACCCUUUAUUUUUACUUCAGGUGUUAAAGAUGAUCUCAUCCUUUUCAUAUUUUACGGUAUCAUUCCUUUUAACUCUUCACAUUGCCAUAUCAUUUCAAUUCCUGUACCAUCAGGUAUCCUUUCUACUUGUGGGCAUUUCUGCAGUUAAUGUUUUCCAAGACACUACAGUAUUUGUUUGGAAUCUUUUAAAGUCCCAAUGUUUAAAAAAAAAAGUUUCAAAACAUUAUCAGGCAUCUAAUUUAAAUUCUAUAGUUAGAGUAUAAAAUUGUACUAAAUUCAGGGGCUCCUGGGUGACUCAGUUGGUUAAGUGUCCAACCUCGGCUCAGGUCGUGAUCUCACGGUUCGUGGGUUCGAGCCCCGCAGCGGGCUCUGUGCUGACAGCUCAGAGCCUAGAGCCUGCUACAGAUUCUGUGUCUCCCUCAUGCACUCUCUCAAAAACAACCAAACAUUUUAAAAAACUGUACUAAAUUCAAUAUUAAUGUUUGAAAGUUGUUCCUACUGAUCUUGUUGCACACAGGAGACCUACAAUCUGGCAGGUAAACUGUAUUAUUAAUUGGUGUUUUUUUCCCCAAACUCCUUAAUUUUGUUGCCACUGGCUUCUAUUCAGUCUUUAAAUAUUCCUUACUAGUCUUUGUCUUAGGAAACUCAAAGAAAAUUGUUCUGGUUCAUAAACAUUUUAAAUAAGGUCAAUUGACUGCUUAGCCUUGUCCUUUGACACUUGAAUAGACUAUUAAUUUUUGUUAGUCUCAUGUGAACCUGGUAUUUGAUAAAAGAAAAAGUACAUUUAUAAAGUUUAAGGUAGGGGAUUAUUGUGCACUUCAUUAUACUAAGAUUUGAGUAUUGUAAUUAUUUACUGUUGGUCAUGUGCAGUAAAAAUAUACUGUAUUCUGUAGUUAAUUUUGCAAUUAAAUUUAAGAUUCAUAAAAUUUUAAGUAUAACUGAACAUUGUUAAAGUUUAUAGUUUAUGUUUGAGAUUUGUGUUGAGUUGUGAAUGUUGACACUUGCAGUUGUGGCUGAAUAUAUGUUCUUGGGUUUUUUUUUUGUCUACAGUUUUCUCAACUUUUCUAAAAGUCUUUUAGAAUAAUUUUCCAAAAAGUAGCUUUUUUCCCCCUAAAUGCAAUUAAUUAGAUAAUUGGUGGCUGAAAUUUCUUUAGACAUUGAAAAAAAGAGGUUUGACAAGUGAGUUAUCUGCCAAUAGUUUGUAAACCUUCUAGCAGUUCCUUCUAGUAUUUACCUUCAUCAUUUUAAAGGUAUAUUAAAGGAUAUUUAAAGGAUAUAUUUAAAGGCUA